AUGAAUACAAUCAAAUGGUUUUAUUUAGAAUGGUCUGUUACCGGUAAUAUGACUAAUGCACGACGAGACCACACAGCAUCUGUAUUAUCAAAUGGCAAAGUAUUAGUUACUGGUGGAUAUGGCAGUGAUUUUUUAAAUAGUGCUGAACUGUAUGAUCUAUCAACAGGUAUUUGGACAAUCACUAGUAACAUGACGAAUACACGAUAUGAUCACACAGCAUCUGUAUUGUCAAAUGGAAAAGUAUUAGUUACUGGUGGAUUAAGCGAUAAUGGUUAUUUAAAUAGUGCUGAAUUAUACGAUCCAUUAACAGGUACGUGGGCAAUUACAAGUAACAUGACUGAUGCAAGAACUGAGCACACAGCAUCUGUCUUAUCAAAUGGAAAAGUAUUAGUUACUGGUGGGUAUAAUGAUAAUAUUGGUAAUUUAGAUCGUGCUGAAUUGUAUGAUCCAUCAACAGGUACUUGGACAACUACUGGUAACAUGACUAAUGCACGACGAUUACACACAUCGUCUGUAUUAUCAAAUGGAUUAGUGUUAGUUACUGGUGGUAUUGGCCAUGAUUAUUCAAAUAGUGCUGAGCUGUAUGAUCCAUUAACGGGUACAUGGACAAGUACUGGUAACAUGAAUAACGCACGAUCUUAUCACACAGCAUCUGUGUUAUCAAAUGGACUAAUGUUAGUUACUGGCGGACAAGGCAUUGGUAGUAAUUAUUUAAGUAGUGCUGAACUGUAUAAUGGAUCGACAGGUACUUGGACCACUACUGGUAACAUGACUAAUGGACGAACACAUCAUACAGCAUCUGUCUUAUCAAAUGGAAAAGUAUUAGUUACUGGUGGAACCAAUCGUAAUUUUUUAAAUAGUGCUGAAUUGUUUGAUCCAUCAACAGGUACUUGGGCAACUGCUGGUAACAUGAAUAAUACACGAGAGUCUCACACAGCAUCUUUAUUAUCAAAUGGAAAAGUAUUAGUCUCUGGUGGAUUUGAUAAUAGUGGUAUUUUAAAUAGUGCAGAGUUAUAUUAA